AAAGUCUACUUCUCCGCGAAGCGUUCAACUUGGAUUGUCCACCGUCUUUCCCACCGUAUUCUUCUUCCUCCUUUCGGCUAUGGCUUAUGAUUACAGAAACAAGCCCGGCUACUACAACGCUCAUCCUCCGAUGUACGGCCCAGCCGCUUCAUCUUCACCAUCUCCUUCAAUUCAUCCUAUGUAUACACAGUCCAUGUACCCGAGGAUCGGUCAGCAAGGUCAUUCACCGGCGCCUCCGGUGGCUCGAGUCUCCUCCCACCACCAUUCUUCUUCUGCUGCUCCUUCUCCAUCUUCUCCCUCCUCUUCAGGAUUGGGCAUCCGGGUUACCAUUAAACCGGAAUAUCGAAUUACUCCUCCGCCUCAAUUAUCGCCACAAGUUGGAGAUAUUCCUCGGAGCAAUUUCCAAUUUGAUUUUGAGUUUGAGAAAAAGGUUUUGGCUGAAGCAGAGAAAGAAACUCCGAAUUGGAAUCGGUUUGGGUUGGAACACCCUCCUUCUAGACCUGUAGAGUCGUCAUCUUCAAUGGGUUCUCCAGGAGAUCCAGUUGUGAACAAGUAUGUUGCAUCUGGCUUGAGUCGGGAAGCAGUUUCACUUGCAGUUGCUAAUUAUGGAGACAAUCCAACCAAGGUUCAAGAAUUUGUGAAAGGCUACACACUCCUACGAGAGAUGGGAUUUCCAUCCAACAAAGUGGUCGAGGCAUUACUCAUGUAUGACAACGACACUGAUAAGGCUGUAGCUCACUUUCUUGGCGGUACGUCAUAAAAUAAGAAUUCUGGAAAUGAUUGUGUUGUACUUCAACUAUGGCAUCUUUGUAUAUGACAACAGAGGCCACUUGAGAUUGUAAAUUUGACAAAGAAUAUAGGCGUUUGUAGUGCUGACUAUUUGGUUUUGGUUGAUAUUUUGGGAGCAAUAUGAUAUUAUCCACAUAUGUUAUACCAAAGUUAUCACCUUUCUAGUAAUGAUUAUGUAUGGAAUUUUGUU